AUGCGUCUCCUUCAGCUUGGAGCCAGAAACGAGCUGAUCCUCACCCAACGUCGUGCUGAUGAUAUUCCGCCAUACGCCAUUCUCUCCCACACUUGGGGCGGAGACGAGGACGAAAUCACAUUCCAGGACAUCAACAACAGAUGCUACGACCAUAGGCUUGCUUAUCAGAAGAUCUUGUUCUGCGGUAAACAGGCUCGACGCGAUGGUCUCGAAUACUUUUGGGUAGAUACCUGCUGUAUUGACAAAUCUAGUUCUGCCGAGCUUACAGAAGCGAUUAAUUCGAUGUUUCGAUGGUACCAAAACGCUCAGAAAUGCUAUGCAUACCUUUCCGAUGUCUGCUACAACGAUGGCUUAGCCGACGAACCGGCUCGAUCGACGUGGAAGAUUGGUUUUCGGAAGAGCAGAUGGUUUACUCGUGGAUGGACGCUCCAAGAACUCAUCGCUCCUAGCGUGGUGGAGUUCUUCUCUGCCGAACGCCAGUUUCUUGGCAAGAAGACUACACUAGAGCAGCUAAUACACGAAAUUACGCAUAUUCCCAUCCGUGCUCUACAGCCAGGUCUUCUUCAGGAAUUCGAUAUCGAGAGUCGCAUGUCUUGGGCGAACAAUCGAGUUACGUCUAGAGGUGAAGAUAAGGCGUAUUGUCUAUUUGGUAUUUUAGGUGUCACAAUGCCCUCAAACUACGGAGAAGGAGAGGAGGGAGCUCUUAAGAGGCUGUGUAGGGAACUAGCAGUCGACCAAGGUCGCCUGAGCGAAGAUGCACAACUUCAAGAAAGCAUCAACCAAUGCUUAGCUGAUCUCAGAGUUUCGAAUCCCCAAGACGACAAGUCACGCAUUCUGUCAACGAAAGGCGGGUUACUAAAAGAUUCGUUCCGAUGGAUUCUCGAGAACACGGACUUCAAGCAAUGGCGUAGCGACAAAAACAGUUCUCUGCUCUGGAUCAAGGGCGACCCUGGCAAAGGUAAGACUAUGCUACUCUGCGGCAUCACGGACGAAUUGGAGGGUCUAUCAACAAAUCAGCCCAUGUUGUCAUACUUUUUCUGCCAAGCUACUGACAGAAACCUUAACAACGCCACAGCUGUGCUCCGCGGUCUUAUAUACAUGCUUGUCCGGCAAAAUCGUUCCUUGGCGAGACACCUACACGAAGAAUGGAAAGUGGCUGGGUCAAGACUGUUUGAGGAUGCCAACGCAUGGAAUGCAUUGACGCGGAUCUUGACUUUGAUGCUACAAGAUCGCCAGUCGCACGAAGUGGUAUUCGUCAUUGAUGCGCUUGACGAAUGCUCUGAUGAUCUGCCCAAACUCAUCAACUUCAUCGCACAGCAGUCCUCAAAGGGGAAUGCGAAGUGGUUGGUUUCGAGUCGUAACUGGCCCCAAAUCGAAGACAUGCUUAGUGCGGCCAGUGAAAAAGUGCGGCUCAGCCUGGAACUCAAUCAGGAUUCCGUCACUGCUGCUGUUAAGGUAUAUAUCCGCCAUAAAGCUGAGGAGCUACGAGUAGCAAAAAACCUGGACGAUGAAAAGUAUAGCCAGCUUAUCGACUAUAUGAACACCAAUGCAGACAGUACAUUUCUUUGGGUAGCUUUGGUUGUCCAACGACUCAAGGAUGCUAAAGUACGAGCUAGAAACAUUCUCCGCGAACUGUACGAGUUUCCGCCUGGCCUAGAUCCUUUCUAUCAACGAAUGUUGGGCUCGAUCCACGAUUCGCUUGAUGCUGAGCUCUGUCGUGAGAUUCUGAGCGUAGUGUCAAUCACUUAUCGGCCGGUAAGCCUCGCAGAAUUGUCUUUAUUAGUCGACCCCAAAUCCUUCGAUAACUUAUCAGACUUGGAAGAGGUUGUACAACUCUGUGGAUCCUUUCUUACCAUUCGCGACUAUUUUGUCUAUUUCGUUCAUCAAUCGGCGAAGGACUUCCUAACCACAGAAGUAACGAAUGUCGUGUUUCCGUCUGGAGGUAUUCCCUCGAAACACAGAGGUUUAGCAGACUUGUCAAUCAAGGUUUUAUCCCAACAUCUCAAACGGGAUCCAUACGAUUUACAAGACCCCGGUACAUUUGUCGAGGACAUCGAUCCACCAGCAUUAGACACGCUCGCUCCAUUACGAUAUAGUUGUGUGUACUGGGUUGACCAUUUCAUCGAUGGACGGUCUCACGAUAGCCAGCAAG